GCUACGGGAGAAACCUUUGGGCAUCCCCCUGGAGGCGCUGCCCGGCCAAGCGCUGCGGGACCCCCGGGGGCAGCUGCAGCAGUUCAGCCACAUCAAGAAGGCCGUGGUGCUGAGCAAGCCGCCCUUCGCCCGCUCCGUGCUCUGGACCCCCGAGGACCUCGUCCCCCUGCCCGUCCCCAAGCAGGACCCGGUCCUCGCGGACCCCCGCCUCCACCCUCGGCCCCACCGCGCCCCCGACCCCACCGCCGCCACCGCGCCACCACCGCCCCCCAACCCCGGCGGCCUCCCGACUUCGAGCUCCUCUCGCGCAUCCUAAAGACGGUGGCGGGGGGCGAGAAACCCAGCGACCCCCGCGUGCGCAAAGCCCCCGCCGACCCCCGCCUGCACAAAAACACCGAGGGUGGGGGCUGCAGGGCCGCCCCCAGCCCCGAAACUCCCGGGACCACCGAGGCCGCCCCGGCCAUCGCGCCCUACGACCCCCGGCUGCUCACCAAGGGCAGCGGGCAGAGCAGCGUGCUGAGCGCCAUCAGCCUCUACGACCCCAGGACUCCUCCGGCGGCCCCCAAAGCCUCCGAGCCCCCUGGCGAGCCCCCCAAAAGCACCGCCAGUGCCGCUGCCAAGCCCAAGGAGCCGCUCUUCAUCCGCCGCUCGGCCCUUGAGCAGCCCGAAACCGCGGCCGACGCCGCCUCCGACCGCUACAACAGCUACAACCGGCCCCGGCCCAAAGCCCCCCCGGCCUCCUCCUCCUCCUCCUCCGCGCCCCCCGGAGGUCGCCCCCCAGCCGGGCCCCCCGGUGCCCCCUUUGGGGGCAGCCCCUUCGCGGGCGGCAGCCCCGGCACGGAGCAGCAGCAGCAGCCCGAGGACGCCGCCUCGCUCAAGGACGUCUUCAAGGGCUUCGACCCCACCGCCUCGCCCUUCUGCCAGUGACGGCCCCGUGCCCAAUUUGCGCCUGGGUUUGGGUUGUUUGCCUGGUCUGGGAGGUGUUUUCCCUUUUUUUUGGUCCAUUUUCCCUUUUUUUCGGUCCGUUUUCCCUUUUUUUGGUCUGUUUUCCUUCUUUUGGGGUUCUAUUUCCCUUCUUUUUCUGGUUCAUUUUCCCUUUUCUCGGUU